CAGAGCGUGGCGGCCUCAUUUCCCCACCCUUCAGGUAGCCCCUCCUUCUCGACCUAGGCCGACGUGACUGUAAGUGUGCUCUUGCGCGCGCGCGGCACCGCCCUCCUACUCACGUGACCGCAGAUUCGCAGCGUUCUCCAGUACAGCCAUCCUGCCUCCAGUUCUCAGAAUCCGGCGUUAUGGCCGCCGUCGUACCCCGUGUCGCUUCUCUCUCUUCUCUGCUUCCCCUUUUCCUGGGUCUCCUGCUUUUCUCCGCCCCUCAUGGCGGCAGCGGCCUGCACACUAAGGGCGCCCUUCCCCUGGAUACAGUCACUUUCUACAAGGUCAUUCCCAAAAGCAAGUUCGUCUUGGUGAAGUUCGACACCCAAUACCCCUAUGGUGAAAAGCAGGACGAGUUCAAGCGACUGGCUGAAAACUCAGCUUCCAGCGACGAUCUCUUGGUGGCAGAGGUGGGGAUCUCAGAUUAUGGUGACAAACUGAACAUGGAGCUGAGUGAGAAAUACAAGCUGGACAAAGAGAACUACCCAGUCUUCUAUCUCUUUCGGGAUGGAGACUUUGAGAACCCAGUCCCAUACAGUGGGGCAGUUAAGGUUGGAGCCAUCCAGCGCUGGCUAAAGGGCCAGGGUGUCUACCUGGGUAUGCCUGGUUGCCUGCCUGCCUAUGAUGCCCUGGCGGGUGAAUUCAUCAGGGCCUCUAGUGUGGAGGCCCGCCACGCCCUCUUGAAGCAGGGGCAGGACAACCUAUCAAGUGUGAAAGAAACCAAAAAGAAGUGGGCUGAGCAAUACCUAAAGAUCAUGGGGAAGGUCUUAGAUCAAGGUGAGGACUUCCCAGCAACAGAGAUGUCUCGAAUCACCAGACUGAUUGAGAAGAACAAGAUGAGUGACGGGAAGAAGGAGGAGCUCCAGAAGAGUUUAAACAUCCUAACUGCCUUCCAAAAGAAGGGGGUGGAGAAGGAGGAACUCUGAAAAGGCACUGGAAUUUCCCAGGGUUUGCUGGGGUAUGUAGGGAGGGGAGAAUUACCCGCUGGCUGUAAGACUCUUGUGGAAUAUAAGGGGGUGGUGGAAAAACUGGUAUUAAACCAGAGAUCUGACCCCUGAAUAUGCCUGGACAUUGAUGCGGAUAUGACCAUGCUUAGGACAUCUCUAGAGCCGGUCUGGGGAUAGCUGGAACACUUACCCUGAUGAUUAGCUAAUGUCCCCUCUGAAGGAAUCGGUGCUACAAAGAGGAGGGUACUGGCCAGGUCCUUGACAAGUGUAAUUCUGAUUCAAAUAAAGUUUCAUUGUUUUGGUUAAGUGGA